AUGUUGUUGUCACAGUGCCAUCUUCUUCACUCUCAAAUCCCUAAUAACACCUCCCUUCUCCAACUCCAACCAAACAAAUUGACCUCUCCGUCAUCUUCCAGACUCAGACUCAGACUCAGAGCCAUGGCUUCCUUUUCGCCUCCUCACCAACUCACUCACUUCGCCGAUGUCGCCAACAAGGCCGCCGACGCCGCCGGAGAUGUCAUCCGUAAAUAUUUCAGGAAAAAUUUCGACAUUAUUCACAAACAGGAUCUCAGUCCUGUCACCAUUGCUGAUCAAUCCGCUGAGGAAGCUAUGGUUUCUGUCAUACUUGACAAUUUCCCUUCUCAUGCUGUUUAUGGAGAGGAAAAAGGGUGGAGGUGUAAUCAAAACAGUGCUGAUUAUGUUUGGGUAUUAGAUCCCAUUGAUGGAACUAAGAGCUUUAUCACUGGGAAACCCUUAUUUGGUACUCUCAUUGCUCUUUUGCAAAAUGGCACACCAAUCCUUGGCAUAAUUGAUCAACCUGUGUUAAAAGAAAGAUGGAUUGGGAUAACUGGAAAGAAAACUACUCUCAACGGACAAGAAGUGUCCACACGCACUUGUGCGGAUCUUUCUCAAGCAUACCUGUACACUACAAGCCCACAUCUUUUUAGCGGAGAUGCAGAAGAGGCGUUUAUCCGAGUUAGAGACAAGGUCAAAAUUCCAUUAUACGGCUGUGACUGCUAUGCAUAUGCUCUUUUGUCUUCUGGCUUUGUGGAUCUUGUAGUUGAGUCCGGUCUAAAGCCAUAUGAUUUUCUUGCAUUGAUACCUGUUAUUGAAGGCUCUGGAGGUGUCAUAACUGAUUGGAAAGGACAGCAACUCCGUUGGGAAGCUUCGCCACUUUCAAUCGCAACAAGUUUUAAUGUUGUAGCGGCUGGUGACAAACAGAUUCAUCAACAAGCUCUAGAUUCAUUAAAAUGGUAG